CUGACUAUCAAUCUGAUAGCAACGUGCAAAGUGUCUUAAAUAAAAACACAUUAGUGUGUAGUUAAUUAAUGAUAAGAUUUCCAAGUGGGCAGAGUAUAUAUCCCAGCUCAAGGUUCAAGACCCAGCAGUUAUCACAGAGAACGCAGAAUGACGGACAAAGAAGAUUUACAGUUGACAGCCGUCUCGUAUGGGAAUGAACAAGGUGUGGACAAUCCAGCUUUUGUGAAGGAGGAUAAACUAACAGAUGACCUGAGUGACAGUGACAAAGAGGGGUCAGAGAAGGAGUCAAAAUCAUGCCUGAGCAAAGCAUGCAUACCCAUCACGGCCACAGAGAUCUUCUGCAAGACGCACUCCAAAAUAAUCAGAUACAUUGCUUUGGGAAUACUUGCUGCUGGUUAUUUGGCAUACUUCAUUGCUGCAUGUUAUUUAAACUUCCAGAGGGCAAUUGCUUUGGUUGUCCUCACUUGUCUGGGGGUGUUUAUCAUUGUGUGUGAGUUGGUGAACAAGUACAAGGGUGACAGCAUAAGGAGGUUCUUCAAGCCUGUGCAAAGGUGUUUCAAAUCCAAUGUCAGAUGGAUAAAGUGGGUUUUCAUAGUAAUUGUGGUGGGACUGCUGGUGGCAUGGCUGGCAAUUGACACACGAAAGCGCCCAGAGCAGCUCAUCUCUUUUGGUGGUGUCUGUCUAUUCAUUAUUGCCAUAUUUCUCUUCUCUGCACACAGAACCGCAGUGAGAUGGAGGACAGUCUUCUGGGGACUUGGUUUACAGUUUGCCAUUGGCCUGUUUAUCAUUAGGACAGAGCCUGGUCUUAUAGCAUUCGAAUGGCUUGGAAAGCAAGUUCAGAUAUUUCUGGACUACACAAAAGCUGGUUCAUCAUUUGUGUUUGGAGACCUCAUUGAAAACAUAUUUGCUUUCCAGGCUUUGCCUAUAGUGGUGUUCUUCAGCAGUGUAAUGUCAGUGCUUUACUACCUGGGUGUGAUGCAGUGGAUCAUCUCAAAGAUUUCCUGGGUAAUGCAGGUAACGAUGGGAACCUCCUCUACAGAGACUCUCAGUGUGGCAGGGAACAUAUUUGUUGGUCAGACAGAAGCACCACUCUUAAUUCGUCCUUAUUUGAAUGACAUGACCAAAUCUGAGAUUCAUGCUGUCAUGACUGGAGGAUUUGCCACCAUUGCAGGAAGUGUUAUGGGUGCAUUCAUCUCAUUUGGGAUUGAUGCCUCGUCUUUGAUUUCUGCAUCAGUGAUGGCUGCUCCAUGUGCUUUAGCCAUCUCCAAAUUGUCCUACCCAGAAACUGAAAAAAGCAAGUUCACAUCUAAGGGUCAGAUUAAAGUUGAUGGCGGUGGUGAACAGAAUGUCUUGGAAGCUGUCAGCAGUGGCGCAUCUGCAUCGAUAGGACUUGUGGCCAACAUCGCUGCUAACUUGAUUGCUUUCCUUGCCAUUUUGGGGUUCAUAAAUGCUACUCUGAGAUGGUUGGGAGGCAUGGUGGGAUACCCAGAUGUCACUUUUGAGUUGAUCUGCUCCUACGUGUUUAUGCCGGUGGCCUUCAUGAUGGGAAUUCCGUACGAUGAGUCUUUUACAGUGGCUGAACUUAUUGGCACUAAACUCUUCCUCAAUGAGUUUAUAGCCUAUGAGAAGCUGUCAGAGCUGAAGAGCAACAGACUUAAUGCCAUGUUAGAAGAUGGCGUAGAUAAAAAUUGGAUCUCAGUGCGAUCAGAAAUCAUCUGCACCUAUGCACUGUGUGGCUUUGCUAAUUUCAGCUCUCUUGGUAUUGUGAUUGGAGGCCUGUCCUCUAUUUGUCCACCAAAGAAGGGUGUCAUAUCUACUUUAGUACUCAGAGCCUUGUUCACAGGCACUUGUGUUUCCCUGAUCAAUGCCUGUAUUGCUGGUAUACUUUUCGUUCCUCCGUUGGACUGUGUGGAUCUGUUUAGAAGUGCACAGUUCAAUACCACGACACCCAACGUUGAAACCUGCUGUUAUGAUCUUUUCAAAAGCACUGUCAACAAUGGAACAAUUUCUUUUGAGGGGUCCUGGAGCGGAGUGAAAAAUGCGACAAUUUAUUUUGCAAACUGCUGUGGUCUCUAUGUGGAACCUGUUUGUCUGUAGCUUCACUAGAAGGUAACAAUACAACAAUGCAGAAAACCUCUGAACUAAAUAUAAUGGCAUUAUUUAUUAAAUUCACACAUUUUGAAAUGUAUGUUAAGUUAAUAUAUGUCUGCGCAGAGUAUGAUUUUAUUUGGUCAUAAUUUUUUUUUAUAGAUGUUGCACAGUGUGUGCAAGUAUUUUAAUUUACUUCAAUUUGUGUUAUUCUGUCUUCUGUAAAUGUUAUAAUCAUUUUCAAUCUUAUCAAACAUAUUCAUAUUCAUAAAUAUCAAGACAUUGUGCUCUGCAGUGUUUCAUUUUGGCAGUUAUGCUGGAAAUGCUGCGAAAAUAUUGCAUUACAGGAGUAAAGCAUAACUAAUAAGGGCCAAAGGGCUCUUUUAUGAGGCAAGCAGUUUUUAAGAUAUAAAGCAGUGCACUCUGCCUUCGGAUGGUAAAAUGAGUUAAAGAAGUUUCUGCUGCUUUUUACAUAUUUAUUUUACAAAAGCAAGUAACACAACGCAGCAGAAACACCUACAAUGCUCAUCCCUACAAGCAUACUGAAUAUAUUCUCUCUCUACAGUUCAUAUAGUUUUUUAUAAUACAAACCCAUACACGGACCUAUCUUAUCACAUCUCACCACUAUCUGUGGCAGCCUGGCAUCUGAAAAAGUACUCCAUGGUUAGUUUACGCAGUCAGCAUGAACCUUUUUUGCUAAAUAAUGGUUACAAAGUCUUGUGAAUGAGUUAAAAGUUUAGUUAUUCUACAUGAAGAUACAUUUCAAAAUAUGAAAACCUGCAAACAUUGAGCAUUAAAGGGUUUGGAGUAAGAUUUCUUAAAUAUGUUUUGAAAGUAGUCUCUUAUUCUCACAAAGGCUUUAUUUCGUUAAAAACACAGCAAAAAUAAGUUAGAUAUUUUAAUAUAUUUUAAAAUGUAUUCCUAUGAUGGCAAAGUUGAAUUUUUCGUCUUGUGCUGCUUAAUAUUUUGUUUAUAAUUAUAACUGUGGUCAUUUUUAUCAGAAUUCUUUCAUAAAUAGAAAUGUAAAAAGUACAGCAUUAUCUGUUGUAACAGUGUAAAUUCCUUUACUGUCUCUUUUGGUCGAUUUAAUGUAUCUUGGCUAAAUAAAACUAUUAAUAUCUGACCCCACACUUUUCACUGAUAGUGUAAAAUAUGUAUAUAAUCCAUUUGUGUGAAGUUGAAUGGUUCUAGAGAUAGAUGACGCAUGAACAGUCUGAAAGGUCAGUAGUAAAUGGCUUUACUGUGACAAUAAAGCACAUGAUUUUUUUUUCCCUCUUCUAGGAGACACAUUUAAGAUAAAAACACAUUUGCACUGAUUGACACUAAUACUUUGCCCAUAUACAACCAAUAUCGGUGCACUGGCGUUUCUUAGAUUAACGGCCAUUUCCUUAAAAGCAGAACAAUCCACUAUAAAAAGCACCUCAGCAACAGCUACGGAAAAAAGCUGCAUUUCUACACAGCUGAGACACGUACAUCACAGAUGUUUGAGGAAUCCUUGAAGAGUCCCUCUAUCACGGUUCUUCAGUCAUAUAAACUUGACAUAGGGACAUUUGAAUAAAUCAUAACAAAGUUCCAGAGUCUAUCUGAAAACAUUGUUCUUCUGUCUACAGGCAGCCGGGUUUAGCAUUUUUCUU